GGAAGGGAAGGGCCGGAGGCGCGGCGGCGGGCGGCCGAGAGGGGCGGCGGCGGCGGGGUCCCCGCGCCGCGGAGCCCGGCCCGAGAGCCGCGUCCACCUUCCUGCCUCCUGCUCCCGCCGCCCUGGGGCGCCGCCAUGACGCCCGAUCUGCUCAACUUCAAGAAGGGAUGGAUGUCAAUCUUGGAUGAGCCUGGAGAGAAUAGUGAGUUUGGCAGCCACGCAGGACACCUGUACAAUCGCACACACUGGCUCUUUCAUUCCAUCCUCCUUACAGCCUCCCUCCCCUUCGCUCACCACCACCUCUACUUCCCAGUGGAAGAAACAUUGGUUUGUGCUGACAGAUUCAAGUCUCAAAUAUUACAGAGACUCCACUGCUGAGGAGGCAGACGAGCUGGAUGGUGAGAUCGACCUGCGUUCUUGCACGGAUGUCACUGAGUACGCGGUGCAGCGCAACUAUGGCUUCCAGAUCCACACCAAGGAUGCUGUCUAUACCUUGUCGGCCAUGACCUCAGGCAUCCGGCGGAACUGGAUUGAGGCUCUGAGAAAGACCGUGCGUCCAACUUCAGCCCCAGAUGUCACCAAGCUCUCGGACUGUAAUAAGGAGAACGCGCUGCACAACUACGGCACCCAGAAGGGCCCCCUGAAGGCAGGGGAGCAGCGGGCGGGCGUUGAGGUCGUCAGCCGGGGUGGCCCUCGGAAGGCAGAUGGGCAGCGGCAGGCCUUGGACUACGUGGAGCUCUCCCCACUGACCCAGGCCCCCCCGCAGCGGGCCCGCACCCCGGCCCGCACUCCUGUCCGCCUGGCCAAGCAGGAGGAGCUGGAGCGGGACCUGGCCCAGCGCUCCGAGGAGCGACGCAAGUGGUUUGAGGCCACAGACAGCAGGACCCCAGAGGUGCCCGCUGGUGAGGGGCUGCGCCGGGGCCUGGGUGCCCCCCUGACUGAGGACCAGCAAAACCGGCUCAGUGAGGAGAUCGAGAAGAAGUGGCAGGAGCUGGAGAAGCUGCCCCUGCGGGAGAAUAAGCGGGUGCCCCUUACUGCCCUGCUCAACCAAAGCCGCGGAGAGCGCCGAGGGCCCUCAAGUGACAGCCACGAGGCACUGGAGAAGGAGGUUCAGGCUCUUCGGGCCCAGCUGGAGGCGUGGCGUCUCCAAGGGGAGGCACCUCAGAGUGCACCGAGAUCCCAGGAGGACGGCCACAUCCCCCCGGGCUACAUCUCACAGGAGGCAUGUGAGCGCAGCCUGGCAGAGAUGGAGUCCUCACACCAGCAGGUGAUGGAGGAGCUGCAGCGGCACCAUGAGCGGGAGCUGCAGCGGCUGCAGCAGGAGAAGGAGUGGCUCCUGGCCGAGGAGACGGCAGCCACGGCCUCAGCCAUUGAAGCCAUGAAGAAGGCCUACCAGGAAGAGCUGAGCCGAGAGCUGAGCAAAACACGGAGUCUCCAGCAGGGCCCAGAUGGCCUCCGGAAGCAGCACCAGUCAGAUGUGGAGGCACUGAAGCGGGAGCUGCAGGUGCUAUCGGAGCAGUACUCGCAGAAGUGCCUAGAGAUAGGGGCGCUCACGCGGCAGGCCGAGGAGCGUGAGCACACACUCCGCCGCUGCCAGCAGGAGGGCCAGGAGCUGCUGCGCCACAACCAGGAGCUGCAUGGCCGCCUGUCAGAGGAGAUAGACCAGCUGCGUGGCUUCAUUGCCUCACAGGGCAUGGGCAACGGCUGCGGGCGCAGCAAUGAGCGGAGUUCCUGCGAGCUGGAGGUGCUGCUUCGUGUAAAAGAGAAUGAACUCCAGUACCUGAAGAAGGAAGUGCAGUGCCUCCGGGACGAACUCCAGAUGAUGCAGAAGGACAAGCGCUUCACCUCGGGAAAGUACCAGGAUGUCUACGUGGAGCUGAGCCACAUCAAGACGCGGUCCGAGCGGGAGAUCGAGCAGCUGAAGGAGCACCUGCGCCUUGCCAUGGCCGCCCUCCAGGAGAAGGAGUCGAUGCGCAACAGCCUGGCUGAGUAGAGGUCCCGCUCAGCUGCAGACCCUCCAGGCUGGAGGACCAGCCUCCCUCUUUCCCUCCUGGAUGGAAGUCAGAAGCCAAGCUUUCUCCCCACCCUCUGUGGGCCACACGUGCACUUGCACCCACCACACACCCACACACAGACACAGACACACACGUGCACACAUGUACACACGGACACACACACACACACACACACACACACACACACACUGCGUAUCUGAGCGCGCCCCUCGCACUGGGUCUUACCUUGCACCUUCUUCAGGAUUUUAUAUGUGAAGAGAUUUUUAUAUAGAUUUUUUUUUCUUUUUUUCCAAAACACUUUAUACUUUAAAAAAA